AAAGAGAAAACCAGAAAAAUCGACAGAGAAAAGAAAAGAAGACAGAGAAAAGUGAAACUGUGUACAUAUAGUGGAAAGAUUCUGGUAAAUGAUGAUGAUGAUCAUGGAUCAAUAAGAUUCCCAUGGAAUUGUCAGAAUCGUUGGUGGAAAAAAACUUCGCUGGAAUGAUUAUCAUGAAAAUCGUUUAUUCUUAAGGUAGACAGAGGCAUCAACACUUUUCUACAAGAGAAUUGACAAUAAGUUGGAAAAAGAGAGUAAAAGAGUAACAACAGUUUUCUGGUCAACAGACACAGAAAAGAACCAGAAACAAAUAGAACUCGACUCAGAAUCUGAUCAUGAUUGUUGUUAUUCUCAUUUCAUGAUAAUCAUUUCAUGUAUUUUCUUUUCUUUUUUUUAUAUAAAAUAAUUUACCUUUUUUCGUGUUUAAUUUCAUGUUUCCAUUAAAUUGUUCCAGAGUUAAUUGUAAUCCAAUUGUCCUUUUACUCUGUGUGUGUAUUUGCUAACAAUCAACCAUUUCUACAAUUAAGUUACUGAAUCUUGUGAUGAUCCUUCCUGCUUCAGUGCCACCAGAGACAAGUGCUUUCCUGGGCCUGGUUGCAGUAUGUAUGGUCGGUUUACUGGUUUUGUAUCUUUACCUGAGUAAAAAAGUGUGUUUUUCAAAUCUUGGUAACUUCCCUUGUUGUGAUGAACCAAUUAAGACGGAAAAGUGUAAAAUUACAAGACAAUUAGGUUCGAGCUAUGGUUAUGAUGAUGUCGAGGAAUCAUCAUCUGAUAGCGAAAAGGAAGUUCUUGAGCGAUUAUAUCAACCAGGUUUCGAGGCCAAAGGACCAAGAAGACAAUCAUCACUUAAUAAGAAACAUCGUCAACAAUUAACACGAAAACCAUCAAAUAAGAAUCUUAAUCAUCAUCAUAAUAACAAAAAGAAUCAUAAUUGUUGGUCUAAUAAUGAAAAGAAGGAAAGAAAACAUUUAGUUCGUCAAUCAACAAGUUCUGAUAAAUUACUAGAAAGAGGUGAUUCGAUUAAUAGUGAAAAAUCUGAUCCGUCGAGUUUAUAUCAAGAAUCAUUAAAAUGUAGAUCAUCAUUUGAUCAAGUUAAUAACAAUCAACAAUAUGAAGGUGAUCAGACAAGUGAGAUAAUUAGACAGAAUGGUCUUAAUUCAAAAGAAUCAGGAAAUAAGAUUGAUCUCAUUUCGAUGGCGGAAAAAGGUAAAAUCGGUAAAACUGGUUCAUUGGAUGGAACCUCGAGUUCAAGUGAUUCUGCCAGUCAGGAUACGGAAGAAGAAGCAUUGAUUCCCAUUUUACAUGAAAAAGCGAAACAAAAAGCAGCUGAACUACUCCGUAAUUCCUGUGGAACCAAUGGCCUAACGAAAUCCAAUUCAGGUCGAAUGAAUAAAAAGAGUUAUAAUAAUGCAGGGUAUGAGCGUCGAUCUGAGGCCGAUAGUGAAACAAAUAGUAAAUCAAGUGAUAAUAAUAACGAUUAUGUGAUGAUAAACAAUGGCAAUGAUUCCGUUAAAUAUGGUUGUCUACAAAUUAGCCAUGCUUAUGACCCACCAAGUCGUAAACUUCAUGUAACUGUGAUUCGAGGUAGAUCAGUACCAACACAGGAAAAAUCGGGAAGUAAAUUUGUCUAUGUUAAAGUUGUCCUAACACCGAAUCAUAAGUCUAAACAAUCAACCAAACCUAAACCCGUUGGAACGGGUGACCCAAUUUUUAAUGAAACAUUCACAUUUAAUCGUAUCGAUCCGGAAGAUAUUCUUAAUCAUGGAAUUCGAUAUCGUUUAUAUACACGGGAAAGAAUGAGUCGUGAAACUAUGCUAGGAGAAGGACAUAUUUACUUCAGUCAUCAUAAACCUUUACAACAGGAGACCAGAAUAUGGCUCACAUUGGAACCAAGAGCUUCGAUUAAUAAAGCCGAUUCAAGAUCUGACGUUUCAAGUAUCGCUCGAAGUGAUAGUUCUGGUUCUAACUCAGAGUCCAUAUGCUCACCUGAGCUUUUGUUAGGAUUAGCUUAUAACGGGAUUACUGGUCGACUAACAACUUCGAUAAUUCGAGGUAGUUCGUUGAAAACUGCAACGAUGACCAAAGCUCCUGAUACUUAUGUCAAGGUAAUUCUGGUGUCGUCUUCUGGUCAAGAGAUUUCCCGAGCAAAGACAUCGAUUAAAAAUGGUCAACCGAAUCCAACUUAUAAGGAAACCUUUUCAUUCCCUGUCGCUCUUUUCCAAUUACCUGAUGUCACCUUAUUAGUCUCUGUGUAUUGUCGUAAACCGCCUUUUCGUAACGAAAUGAUCGGCUGGUUUUCAUUGGGUCGAAACAGUACCGGAGAAGAGGAGAAAUCUCAUUGGCUUGAUAUGAGAGAUGUGAUUCGCGAACAGGUCACAUCCCGUUUAGAUCAUCAGAUCGCUCGUUGGCACGUUCUCUGUGAUCCAUGAAAAAAGUUCAAAGCAAAAAGAAAUUGAAACCUUCCAAGAAUUGGAAUAUUCUAAAUAUUGAUCUAAUUCUCUAUCGUUGUUUAUGUGAUUUGGAACAUGAUUGGUUUCGAAACUUAUCAAUUUUCAUCUUCGAAAAUCAAAGGGGAAAAAUCAUUUGAUAAAAUUGAUUUGAUUCUAAAUUGUGACACAGCCGAAACGCUAAUCAUCAUUCACAUACAGAAACGAUAAAUUUGCUACAAUUAAUUAACAGAGUUAAACUAAUACCAAUCAACUAAUUAACGGUAUUGUUUAAUAAUUGUUAUUAAUCAAUUGUGUGAGCGAGAGAGAGAGAGAGUAAAUUUCCCACCUCAUCUAUUUUAAUUGUCGAUUUGGUUUUUUCUAAUCAACAACGAUCCUAAAGUUAUCGUUUAAUUAAUCACAUUCAUAUAUCACCCAAUUCCAAUUCCAAUUACACUUUGACCCUUUUACCCUCAGGCAAUUGAGCAAUUCCUUAAAAAAAUUGUCCAAUUGCGAUGAUUGAGAUUAAUGUGUUUUCUACUAAUCUGGAAAUGAAUCAAUUUCUUAAUUAACGAAUCACAUUGACAAAUUGUAUGGAGAUUUAAAUCCAAAUCACUGAGAAACAUUAAUUCACUCACAAUUAAUUCAUAUUCACCAAUUAAUCAACCCUCCAAAUUACCUGUAACCCUUUCUCACCUUUAAUCCUAAUCCUUUGAUUAACUUAAUCAAGUUAAUUGUAAGAAAUAUUAACAAAAUUGCUAAUAAAAUCAAGUCAAUCAAUACGUUCCUUGUUAAUUUCUGCCAAUGAUUGACAGUUGGUUUUAAUUGCAAUUUGCUAAUAUUUACAAAGAAAACCCUUUUGGCCUUAAUUCCCAAUUUAUAUACUCACAAUUAACGAAAUUGAUGAUUUUCGCUCCAACAAUUAACUCUCACAUUCUCAAUCAACAUGAAAAUAAUGAGAUAAACAAGAAACACUAUCGAUUAUAUAAAAAAAUAUAUUUCGUCACAAAGUGAACAAAAAAAAAACGCAAACAAUUUGUUAAUUACGAUGACCAGCAUAAUAGAUAUUUAAUUAUAUACAUUCAAUAUUGAUUAUGUGUAAAGAUUAAUUAAUUUAAAUGACCAAUGGGUAAAUUGUGGAAAUGGUCAGUUGAUAUAACAAGAAAAUUGAAAAUCUUUUUACUUAUCAAGUCUUUUUUGGUGCAUAUUUAAUUAACAAAUUGUUAUUAAUUGUUAGGAACAAUUUUAAUGAAACUCUCUUUUUAAUCAACUUCCAAAAAAGUUAAUCUAAUCCAUAACAAUUAACUAAUUCCUCAUCCCGUUUCAUUCAAAUGAUUAUUACCUUUGUUAUCAUUAUUACUUAAUUGUUAUCGUUGUUGAUUGUUAAUUGCAACUUAUUUCAUCAUGUUUAUUGUUGACUAAUUGUGAUUAACUGAUUGAAAAGUUUAUUCUUUCAGAAAGUUGUGAGUUAAUUGUUGGUUAAUCAGAGAGAUAAUUUGAUUUCAAUGGAAAUCGUAUUGAUCAGAAUUGAUUAACUUUCGAUUGCAUUGGAAAAAAAUUAAGAUAAUUGUUAAUCUUUUUGUAUUAAUCAGUUUACCAGGUCAACAAUUAAGCUCUAAUGGUGAUGAAGAUUUGGUUGCAAUUAACAAUUAAUCGUAACGAGAUGAGUAUGAUAAUAAUGAUUCCGAUAAUAAUCAAACUAAUUGUGACUUUAAUCAUCACCUCAUUCAAUUUAAACUUUAAUUUACUUGAAAAAAAAACCAAACAGUUUAAAACUAAUUAACAAUCUGAUUGACAAUUAAUUAAGUAAUUACAAUGUUAUUAUUAUCCUUUAGUAUAAUUAGUAAACAAGAAUCAAAAAAUCGUUUUCUUUUCCGAAUCACAAUUUAAAUUACCGAUUCUAAUUGUAAUCAAAUGAUCAAAAUUAACAGUUUACUCUAAUUUAGUUAAUUAAUAAUGAUGAUUGUUUGCAAUUUAGUCACAAUUUAAUAAACAAUUUGAUGCAGACAGAAAAAGACAUUUCAAAUUGACCAAGUCCAAAUGAAGAGUCUAAUUUAAUUGUGAUCUAAAUCUAUUUUUAAUCAAUGUCAUUUUAAAUUGUCAAACAAAAAGAUCCUGUUAAUUGUCACCUUUUUCCGGUUAAUCGUUUCUUAAUUAAUCCACAAUUAAUUUAAACUCUUUGGUUUCUCAUUACAAUUAAAACUUGACGCAACUUUUUUUUCUCGUUCUUGAAAAAUAUGAAAUUAAUUUCUGCCAAUUUAAUUAACUAAUUGUUGAAAAGUUAAUUACUUACAAAACAUAAUUUAGCUCUAGUCAAACCUUGAUCAAAAUGAUUUAAUUACUAUGUUGAUUGUCUUUCCCUUUAAAUCACUCAAACAGUUGUUCAAUUAACCCAAUUAAUUAAAACAAAACAAUACACAACAGAUUCUCAGCUGAUUAAAUGAUGAAACUUAUUAAUUAACAAUUAAACAAAUAUUUCUCCCCCUUUUAGACUGAUUUGGAUCCAAUCAGAGCAAUUAAAUUAAUUACGAAACUUAAUUGUUAUCAUUAUAUUAUUUUUUUCCAAUUCUGAUAAUGUUUUAUUUGCCGAUUUGAUUUAAAUGAUAUUUAAGAAAAUUAAUAAUAAAAAAAAUCGUAAAAUUAAUCAAAACUUUUUAAUUGUCAAUUUAAUCUUAAUCUAAAUCAACAAAUCCAUUGACCACUUGAUUAAAAUACAUAAAUCAACAGUUUGGACGGAUAAUCGGAUUUAAUCAACUUAAUCAGCUUUUUAUUUGAUUUGCUUUUGGGAGGAUUUUUAAAUUUAGUACUUUUAACUAUUUAAAAUUGACAACAAUCAAUUUACAAGAUU